CAGAAGAGGAUUUGCCAAAACAUUUCCCUUCAUGCCCCUCAAGCGCAUAUUUGGGACAGAAUUUGAAGCUCUCAGUUGAGAACCGAUCUCUUGAAGAGCCUGUUAUCUUGACACCCUCUUGCCUCUCUUCGUUCUGCAGUCAGGCAAGAUGGAGAAAGCGUUCCUCUCCCUUCUUGUCCUCGUGAGGGUCUUGGGGUCUUUUGGCCAGCAAGGUUCGGGCCUCGCUGGGAAGCAGCUAGUUUUUCCACAGGCAUCGAACUCUGCCCACGUGGUUCUGAAGGCCGCCCCGAAGGGGCCCUUGACCAGCUUCACCCUCUGCCUGGCCCACUUCACGGACCUCAACCGCCCCCACACCUUCUUCUCUUACGCCACCCGGGGAAGUUUCAACGAGAUCAUCCUCCUCAAAGAAAGAAACGACAAGUACGGAUUUGCAGUAGGGAAUGAAGCCGUGACCUUCACGGAUCUGGAACAAAAAUCGCUUGGCAGGGAGAACUUGUGUGCGACUUGGGAUUCUGCCACCGGUUUAGCAGAGUUGUGGGUGAAUUCAAAGCGGAUGCCCCGCAAGGGCCUAAGGAGAGGGUACUCCAUAAGUGGGGUGCCGUCCAUCGUGCUCGGUCAAGAGCAAGACACUAUGGGGGGCGGCUUUGACAUAAACGAUUGCUUUGUGGGGGAGCUGCAGGAUGUGAGAAUGUGGGACCGGGUUCUCUCCAGUGAAGAGCUGCAGCUUGCUUGCAGAAACCUAGACGUUCCUGGCGACCACGUGUUCGACUGGAAAACAGUCGAUUAUGAAAUCAAGGGUUAUGUUAUUGUUAACCCCGUGGCCUACUGAGGCAGGGGUUACCUGAAAUACAAGAUGCUGGUCUAAGAAAAGGUCUCUCUGUGUGUGACUUUUCUUUACUUAGCUAUUCCUGUGUUGAUCUCUGAAGCUUGCUGCAGAUUUUGUUUUUUUGGGUGUGUGUGUGUGUGUGUUGUAAAAUUCAAUGAAAUGUGAAUUUCAAAUGAUACCUGCAUCUCGGUUCCUGAAUUGUUCUGUGAAGUGCAGUUAGGGUAAUACAAACCAGACCAAAUUUCAAACUCCAACUGAAGUAUCCCCUUGGGUGUGGGAGGAGGUUUAAGGGAAGUCUUUUCCUGGGAAAGAUUGUGUAACAAUUGGCAGCUGGGGACGUUUCUAAAUGAAACUUGGCAGAAUCAGAAAAAGGUCACAAAAAUCAGAUGUAAUCUUUUCUGGAGAAAGAAGAAUUGACAAGAGGUUUGCAUUCCUUAUAUUACCACUGCACCACCUUUGUGGGAGGGCGGGGUAUAAAUACCGGUAAAAUUAUUAUUAUUAUUAUUAUUAUUAUUAUUAUUAUUAUUAUUAUUAUUGAGAUUUUGCAGCCCCAUGACUUCUCCUGAGCAUGUUGGGCGCCUCAUAAAUAAGAAGACGUAGGGGAAAGAAUGUGAGAUGUGAUACAUAAGUAGCAGUCAAGUACAACAUUCCUUGUUUUCCUAGAGUGGACAUGCAAGGGAAUGUUUGGUCCAGUUAGUUGAAAACUUCCUGUUUCCUCCUGACUGGGACUUACUUCCUUUUGCAUGUGACUAGAGGUGGGCGUGACCUUACCUGCCCAGGUAACAAAAGGGCAAGGCACACAGCACACUCUCUUCUUCGCCUCUCUUCUCCAUCUUGCUUUCGUUGUGUAAGCUGCAGUGGCUGCCAGUCUGCAGUCACUGGAAUUACCACCCCACCCACCCAAAAUAUGGGGUAGAUCCACAUGUAUAUACUUUGUAACUAAGUCUGCCUUCAGGGAUCCAACAGUGCACUGAUGUGAGUAAACUUCUUUUAUAUACUUUACACAAGAUUGUGGCGUGCUUAUUCUUUUAAGAGGGAUAUAAGGGGACUUACCAGGAACCUAAUAUUGAGAGGCUUAAACAAGUCUGCAACCAGCUGUCUGCUGUGCAUUAAUUUUUUUUUAAAAAAAUAAAUUCUUUAUUGUUUUAAUAAUUUAAAAUACAAAAACAAGAAUAAAGGAAAAAAGAUACACCCAAAAAAUACAUAAAGAAGAAGAAGAAAAAAUAACAAAAAGCAAAAUACAACCAUAAAAACGCUUCCAAUUAUUUAGUCUGUAAUUUGUGUUUUCAUUAUUUUAUCGCACAGUUGUAACUAUCUACUUGCCGUUUCAUUUCUUAUUAUUUAUACCAGGUUCAGCCUAGAUCUAUUAGGAUUUCAGGUAUACCAUUAUUCGUUAAAUAUUCUUCAAACAUCCUCCAUUCCUUCUGUGUUUUUUGUCUCAUUUGUCCUCUUAUUCUUCCUGUUGUUUUUGCCAACUGUAGGUAUUCUAACAUUAAAGUUUGCUAAUCUGUUAUGCUGGGUAAACUUUUACUUUUCCAAUUUCUAGCCACUAAGACUCUUGCUGCAACUAUCCCAUGUCCUUUUUGUUGUUUUAAUGUCUUCUGGUAUUAUAUUUAAUAAAAAUAUUUCUGGU